GUGACUUGGUGGACGCGCCUCUGCCGAUCAGUAAAGUUCCAGAGCCGCUGGAAGACGAGCCAGUAAAGAUACGGCCGCCGCCGACGUCCGACUCCUCCCAGGUGCUGUGGGCUCCCCAGAUCGCAUCGGUCCCGAACAUUCCCCGCAAGGUGGAUCCACCGGAGGGCUUCGCUUCCGGCGACAUUGUGCGCAUCGAGAAGAUGAUCCCGGCCGGCCAUCUUAUCGUGAUAUGCAGUGCAGGCCUCUUCCCGCAGUCCAAGCAUGCCAAAAUCAGUGGGACAAUCGCACAGGUUGUCUGUUCUGAGGGGACGUCAGAGACGAAGGCGCACUUAGAUGGGAUGUUCUUGCAGCGUGCAGCCAUAGUGCCCUGCUUGGCUUAUCCCGGCAGGGCCGCGUGUGUCUCCGGAAAGGCCACGAAGAGAUCAGCACGUCUGGUGAACAGCACGCGUCGCCACGUGGAUUUUCAGCUGUCCGCAUGA